AAGAUAAACCGUUCAAAGUUCUUUAGAAAGCAAAAUAAGAAAUUUUGUGUGAAAAGAAAAAAAAUGUAUUCCUUCUAAGUAAUUCACGAAGGGAAAAGAAGAAUAAAAGGACAGAGUGGCCAGUGAAGGUUGUUAGUUUGUGUAAUUUGCUGUUGGCCCGCCGGAAUGAACCUAAUUUGCAGAAUUUUUGCAAAUUUUUGGUUUUUGCAAGAGAUUCCGUGGGAUAAUCACUAGAGGCGCUAGUUGGUGGUGUCAUCGACUUAUCCGGGAUUUUCUGUGUGCCUCCGCGAAAACUUUCUGGGGGGUGGAAGUCGCCCAGAAAGGGGCUCUGUUAGCCGUGUUCUCGUUUCCGUGUGCAGGUCCCGCGGACCUGGAAGUGGAGCUGAACAUGUCAGCUGCUAUUUAUCGCGACAGCCCACACGGGACGCCUUCGCAUUUUCCGCAGUCCGCACCUCUGCCCCCGGGGGCAGCUUCCUACUUCUCCAGCCCGGCCUCCCUGCAGCACUUCCACCAGCCGCAUCCGCACUCCUUUGCCUACGGCUCCGGGCAGCGGCAUGCAAAACGGAAGAGUGCCGUGGAAUUGUUGGCUGAAAGUAAGCCCCUCUAUGUGAAAUCUGAUUGUGUUCUGGAUCGGGAUCAGCAGCUCUUCCGUGGAACUGCCCCAAGUGCAAUGCACAUGCUUUCGCCAUCGCGGACGCUGACACAGCAAACGCAGGUGCAGCAGAGUCGCCACGGUGUCCAUCAGCCACCCCGUGCUAGCCGUCGUAGCGCCUCCGCCAUGGCCAUCAAUUCGGAUCUGCUGCAGACGAAACUCCGGAAGUUGCUCAAUACGUCCGAGAGUAAGGAAAUGCUCUCGGAUGCUGCAAUGCUCAAUCCCAAUCUCGAUGGGAAGUACAACCCAGUCUACGGGUAUCCGCUCUCAUCCAAAAUUACCCAAGAGCUAAACAUCCACGCAAUGCCCAAGGAAUCAUCUGUGUUCUUCUCGAGCGCCUUCCUUUCGCCCCAGUCACUGCCCCCGCAGCCCGUGUCCGAUGACGACGACAUUUACCGCUUCGACGAUACCCUCAUCCUCACCGAUGACUACCGGGCCAUCAGCCCACCAGCCGAAUACGCCGAGGAGCACGCAAUGGAACGCAAUGCCCCCACACCACGCUACUACCAACGCUCCUUUUCGCAUUCCCAGGCCGUUUCGUCCGGCAACUACUCACCCUCCUUCAACAUCAACAGCCACAAAUCGCUGCCGGAUCUCAAUUUGCAGGUGAGCCGCCAUUCACCUCACAGCGAAGCCCUAAGCUGCUGCAGCCGUGGCAAUCGAUCAAAUAAAUCCGGGUCUUCACUGAAUCGCGACUCAGGUGGCUCCUCUGGUCACUACACGCACCAGAGUGAGCCAGCGCCGUGCUGCAAUCAACCCCUUGAGGUGGUUCAGGGUGAAUUCCGGCGCGACAGUGGCUCCUCGACGCAGCACAGUGGGAAUUCGUACUUUGCCUACGGGAUCCCCCCACUGGGCUAUGACUGCGCCAUGGCAGAGAAGACGGACGAGGAGCUGCUGAACUUCACCACGGCCGAGGUGCCGGAAGCCUUUCAGGAUGACUACGAUGAGGACAGGAAGAUCGAUGAGAGGUACUUCGAUGAGGUGCGCCCAAGUGCUCGACAGACAGCGCGGUACUUUGAGGAGAAGGCACGUGAGAGUGCUGGUGCGUAUGGGGCUGCUGAUCCGGACAUCAGUCCACCGGGUUUGGGGGUAUUCAAGCGACAAAAGUGUCUGCGGUUGAAGCAACGUGGUCGCACGCCUGAGGAUCGGCGUCCCAUUUUGCGCUCCAAGAGUGACAUCAGCGACAAACGCUACCGCCCGGAGAUGUUUCAACUUGAGCGCUUCUUCGAUCGUCUGGGGUUGAAUGAUAAGAGCUAUGAGGAGCUCGUGAGUACGAAGAGUGCCACCUCGGGUACGGGGUACAGUGAUAAGGAUUCGGACCAAUCGAGUGUGGUGUUCUUCUCGGACGUGAGCACCGUGGACUCGACACGACUUCCGGAUAGCACGGAAACGGGCCAGGCGAGUGGCCCAUACCGUUCCACGGAGCCACCGUCCAUUGUGGAACGCAAUGCGCGCAUCAUUAAGUGGCUGUGCAACUGCAGGAGGGUCCAGCUCACAUAGCAAGUGAAGAAGGGGUUCGGGCUAAUCUGAACACCCCGAUAGUCAAUACUCACCGCUGUGGGUGCUCUGCUUUUCUUUUAUUCUCCUCCUCCUCCCAGAUUUCCCCUUUCUCUCUCUCCGACUUUUCCGCUCUGAUUGACCCUCAAAACAAAAUAAAUAGAAUCUCAAUUUCCUUUUGAGAAGAAAAAACAUCCCCAUUCCCCCAAUUUUGGGGGUUUAAUCCUCCGAUUUCUGCUGCAUUUUCAACACACAUAAGAUUGCUUCCUUAGUUCCUUAAAAAAAACGUCAGAGUUGAAGGGACAUUGAGGAUUCGUGCAUUUUAUUCCUUUUGUUCUUUCUAUGGUUCUUUGGGUUCUUUAAUUUUGUGAUAUAUUAAUGUUUUCUAUUUUAUAAUAUUUUGCAUGAAAAAUCAUUUUACUUCCAUUAAAAAACGUUUAUUUAAAAAGAAUUUUGAAAAUUGAAUUUUUCUUGUUUGAACUUGAAAAAGUGAUAAAAAUAUUUUUUUAACCCUUGCAGGAUUGAGGUUUUUAACCCUUUCACGUCCAACGUGAGACCCUUUCACGACCACAUGAAACGUUGAAACAUUUUUAUUGUUCCUUUUUAAAUGUUUCGUGUUUUUAGGUCAGAUGAAACAAUUUAUUUUCUUGAAUUUUAAUCUCUUGACGUCAACGUGAAACAUACAUAAAAACCUUGAAUCAUUCAAUUUUUUCAUCGUGAUAUUUUUUAGGGAAGCUUUCAAAGGACAUUUCUCUCAGUCAGAAUAUCUUCUUUAGUCUAAUUUACGUAAAUUCAAAGCGUUUCUGACUUAGAACAACAAUUAAAAUCAUUAAAAUUCACAUAAAUAAAAUGUUUCACGUUUCAAUAAUACGUUGAAAUAAUUUAUUUUAAAGAAUUUUUCACGAUUUCAAUUAUUUUUAUUUCUUCAAAUUAGAAAAUCAUUAAAUUCUCAUACAAGGUGCGAAGAAAGAACUUUUGAUAUCUUGUUGAAAAAAUCGCAUGUUUCAUGCAGUUGUUACAGCUUCUUUGGACUUUUAUUUGCAAAAUUAUAUUUUAGAGAAAUUCAGAAAUGCCAAUAAAACAAAUCCUUUGACGUUCUUUGGAUCAUACGUUGACUGAAACAUAAAGCUUUAUAUUUUUCCUAAAUGUUAAUGAAUUUAAUUGUUUUUCCAAGUUGCGAAUACGUUGAAUUAAGGUAAAUGUGAUCAGAAAAUGCGUUCUGUCUUCAAAAUUGUGUGAGGAGAGCAUCCAUAGAACAGAUAGCGUGAUACAAAGAUUGAAUGUUUCAAUGUUGUUUCACGUAGACGUUAAAGGUUAUUUUUUAUAUUCACCGAAGAAACAUAAUGUUUCACAUUUUGGUUAACGUGCAACUUAAUUGACAUGAAAGGGUUAAGAAAAAAAUCAAAGACUUUAAAUUACUUUAAAAAAUAAAAUUCUUUGAUCUUCUCAUUGUUUCAUUCCAAUUAUUCCAUUAAAUACCACACAGUAUUCUUCCAACUGAUGCAUUUUAUUUUAUCUUUUUUUAAGAGCAAAAGGGCAUAAUCCUAAUUUUUAAACAGAAAAAUCUGAAAGUUUUUCAACUCUGACACGUUCCUAAUAGAAAGAAUAAAAAAUCAACGAUUUUAGAGAGACAAAAAAAUGGCAUUAAAUACCACCUUUUGAGCAAUUUUAGACUGUUAUUCCACGUUCUUCUGGACAAUUUUUCUUAGAAAAUAGAGUGAAAGCAUUCACGUGCAUUUUAUCAAUCAAAAAAGAGCAAAAGGUCACGCAUUUUCUCUUAAUAGACUCUGAAUACUUUUUUUUCCAGUGUGUUACGUAGAAGUUUGCCGAUGAGAGUCCUGUAAAGAUUUUUAUUGUUUUUUUUUAUUACGUGUGUUUAACACUUUUUUUUUUGACAACGUAAUAAUAACUCACGUUUUAUUAACAACAUGGAUAAUAUUAUAUACAAUUUAUUAAACUAUAUUUUAUACAAUUAAAAAAAACUAUUAUAUUGUUAUUUAAUCAUUGAUGACAAAGUGAAUCUCCUCGAAAAGGUGCAAAUUUUAUUUGAUUGUUUAUUGUUUUUUGAUUUUUUUUUAUAUUGUAUAUUAUUGUCAAUUUUAUUACAAAGAAAUGAAAAGUAAAAUAAAAAAGAAAUGGAAAAUAAAGAAAAAUCCAUAAAUAGUGUGAGAUUUUAGAAAAAAAAAAUGAAAGAGAAUCUAUGUAAAAAAAAUUCCAUAUUAUACCGCAAAAUAUUCUAAAAGAAAAAAGUUUGUUACGCUCAUAAUGAAAAAAAUUGAAUUUUCAAGAUGGCGAGUGGAUGUCCUUUCCGGCAUUAUAUGAUUUCUUAUUCGAUGGUGUAACUGUGACAAUUUUAUCGUAAUCUACACUUAUAUAAUUAAUUCGAGACAAUUAAUCAGCGAAAUGGCUUUUUUUUUUCAACAUAGAAAAUAUAAAAUCGUAUUAAUUCAACAUGAAACAAUUUAAAAAAGAAAAACUGUGAAGGAAAAUAAAUUGAUUAAAAAAAAGCUGUUUUAAGUGAAAUGAAAAACUUAAUAAAAAAAAAAGUAGAUAAUCAAUACAUUUCAAUGGAAAUAUUUACCCAAUUACGUAGAGGAAAAUGUAUAAAAAUUACUAUAUUGUAAAAUCGAAUGAAUUUACUCGUACCCGGACUCAUUACAAGUGGUACACGAUCGUUUGUAGGAAUAGCGCCUAAUCCACUUUACGAAUAAAUAAAGAAGAAAAAACAUAUUCUAAUCUGAAAAUCAA